CACCUUCGACUCCCGGGAAAAUAUGCUGUUUUUGUUUGUUCUUUUCGUUCAUUGUACAUGUCGUAAAACCGUAAAGCAGUCUCAAGAACGUCAGCAAAAAUAAAAAAUAUUUUUGAAAUCACCUACGUUUUAGACAAUUUAUGACACUACUAGGAUCGAUACGUACAUAAUAAUAUAUAAAAAUGGAAGUUGGUGAAGUGAGGGUUGCAAUGGACUCAGAUUUUAUGAAAUUAAGAGACCUUUGUGAAGAGAUAGAUGGAUGGAAAGUAGAGUAUAACAAAAAUGGAAUUUCAGUCCACACAAAACAUAAUGACAUCUCAGAUUUUAAGAUGGUAAAGAUUAGAUCAGUAAUGAACUACAGUGCUCAAACAGUGUAUGAUGUUUUACACGACCCAGAAUAUAGGAAAGUGUGGGACCACUCUAUGAAGGAAAGCUAUGAAAUAGGCUACCUAAAUCCCAAUAAUGACAUAGGCUAUUAUUCACUCAAGUGUCCUUCUCCAAUGAAAAAUCGAGAUUUUGUUCUUCAAAGGUCUUGGCUGGAUACAGGGCCCCAUCUAUAUAUUUUAAACCACAGUGUUAAUCAUGAAGAUUUACCUCCAAGGAAAGGCAUAGUGCGAGGGAUAUCAUACUUAACUGGCUAUUGGUUAAAGGUGCUCACUCCAAAAUCAUGCGAAUUCAACUAUGUAACACAGGCAGAUCCUAAAGGAAAGCUUCCUAAGUGGUUGGUGAACAGAGCCACUCAUAUCGUUGCUCCAAAGACGGUGAAAUUAGUCCAAAAAGCAUGCAAGGGGUAUGAUUCCUGGAAGGCUAAGAAUAAUCCUAACCAAAAGCCUUGGAUUUACCCAGAACAGAUAAAGGUCCCUAGGAUAAACCUGGAAGACCCUAAGAUUCUCCCUAUGGACCAUGCACAGUCUAUGGACUCAUUGGAUGAGAGCGAGUUAAAAGAAUCUGAUAUGAGCCAAUCAGAACUGAGUGAAUUGAACGCAGGGGAAAAUGGUGAUAUAUAAUAUUGAAUGUAGGAAUUUAUAUAGUAGAACACAUAGUGACAUUUUUCAAUCUUGUGCAGUGGUUUAAAUCUAACGAAACAUUUUAAGGGUAUUUGGUUAAUACAUCAAGGCUGUGUUAACAUAACAUGUAGUAUUUAUCCAGUAUUCAUUGGAAUCGCAUCAAACCUCUCGUUAAUUCCCACUCUCCAUACUACAUGUACCUACGCUCACUUCAUAAGUUUGGUAACUUGAGUCUUUGUUGGAUUGUGCUUUUAGCCUGUUUGAAUCUUUAGGAAUGUAUGACAAAUUGGACUAUUGUUUUUUUUGAAUCGCCAGUCCCAAAAACAGUUUUUAGCAUGUAGUCCAAAAGGGAACUCCAGUUUUUUCCAACUUUUUGGAGGGUAGAGCAUUUCUGUUAACAAACUUUUAGAAGGUUAUGUUAUUUCCAAUUACCAACAUUUUUGAGGGAAGUGUAUUUCUGAUAACCUACUUUUGGAAGGUUGUAUUAUUUCCGAAUACCAACGUUUUUGAGGGUAGUGUUAUUUCCGAUUACCAACUUUUUGGAUGGUGGUGUAUUUCCCAUUUGUGCGAUAGGUUAGUAAUGUAUGUUAGGAGGGGACAUACAAGAGAUUUGAUGCAAAAUUAUAUAUUUAUAGACUAUUGACUGAACUAAAUAACAUUUAUCAAAUCAGGGGUGUUUUCAGG